AUGUUUCUAAAGCCAAAAGUCGCAUACCUACCCGUUCAACAGCGAAGCGCCGAUCCCUGUCUGGUACAUGCCUCCCGUCCUGAGCCAACGGUUCUGGCUUCAAGGUCAACCUCCCGAAUAGCUGUCGGAACUCGGAAGUCAGGCUUAACUUGGCCGGCGCCUGUCGCAGUCCGUAUUAUCCAACAAACCAUCAUGGCUUCUCGUCAGCAGCCACCAAAGAAAAGGGAUAGAACCAACGAGAACUGCGACAAAGCGGUCAAAAACAUCAUGUGGCGUUGUGAGCAGAUACGACGACGAUAUGGAGCCGACGUGUACGUUCAAGUCCGCUUCAAAAGCAAGCACUAUGAGUACACGUCUUCCUCUGAGCACCAUUUUCCUAAAUCUAGAGCCGAGUUGAAAGAAGUCUACCCGGUUCUGGUGGGGAGGUCGCCACUGGACUAUGCGGAAAGAAAAUCUCGCAGCGAAGUUCAAGGUGAAAGUGGAGUGCGCAGCUGUUGA